CACACACACACACACACACACACACACACAGAAGCAGACUAGACCAGAAAGCCGAAUCACACACACCUGGCAUCUGUCCUCUACUCUUCCAACUGCAGAGCCUCACCUAUACCAGCUGCACCCCCAGGAAGUAAAGGCCCAGCCAGGGAGAGGUAGUGCCAUGAGGUGAUCUCUCUGCAUCUCUUCAACCCUGCUCACAUCUCCCCAGUGUGUCUCAUCACCCCAGCCACAGAGGCAGCCAUGGGACUGCAUAGCAAUCUAUGGAGCUCCUGGAAGCUAGAGGCCAGCGCCAGGAUGUUUCAGGCCUGGCUAGGAGUGCUCCUCCUGGGACUCAGCAUUGCCCAACCUGCCCCUAGCCCAGUUCCAUGUCCAAGCGGAUCCAGCCCCAUGGGGCUCAACCAUGCCCAGUACCAGGACACCCCGAAGCUGGACACAGACUUGGGCUUCAUGUCGGGGGUGGUCCAGUCCUUCCUUCACACCGUCCAGCCUAACCCCUUCCCUAAAGAUCUUGUGUUGAAAGCUGUUCAGCAUCCCAACACCUUAUCUGACCAGGAAACCAUCAAAGAGUUCCUGGUCUACGAGGUGGGCUUCCUGGUGUGUGCUGCCAUCGGGAUCCUCUACAUUGUCCUCAUGCCCCUGGUUGGAUUCAUCAUGGCAUGCUGCCGUUGCUGUGGCAACUGUGGCGGGCGCAUGUACCAACAGCAGACAUCUAGCCUCCACUGUCACAGACGAGGACUCUACUGCUGCACACUCAUCACUACACUGAUCCUACUUGCUGGGAAUAUUUGCAUGUUCAGGAGCAACGAGUCCCUCAAAGUCAGUGUGGAUCACAUUACAGUCGAGAUAAAUAACACACUGGACAACCUCCAUACCUACCUCAUCAGUCUUCCCAAGGAAGUUGACCAUGUUCUGAAUGAGAGCUACAAGACGGUUGAUGAGGUGUCCAAUAGCCUGAAUGCCAUUGGUCCACUCCUUGGUAAAGAGAUCCAGAAAGCGUUGGAGGGACCGCUCAAUGCAGCGCUGCAGUCAGUCAGAGUUGUGGCCCAAGUGGCCAACAGCACCAACGUCCUCCUGGGCCAGUUGAACUUGUCUCUGUCUGCGGUUGUGAGCAGAGUGGCGGUGGUCCAGGCUAACAUUAGCGCAGUGAAGGACCGCUUAAACAGAACCUUGUCGAAUCCUGACUGUGCUGGUUGUACUGAGUCCCAGCCAGACCUGCAGAGACUCAACCUGGACACCUCCCUGACUACCCCUAAUCUAGGUGAGCUGCAGUCUGCUGUAGAUAAGGUCAAUAAAGCUGAUCUCAACUCUAAAGUGAAGGAGGGAGAAACCUUCUUCCAGAACAUUCCCCAGAGAGUGACCAAUGACACCAAGGAUGCUGUCAAAAGUGUAAAAAAGCAACUGGAGGAUAUUAAAAGCCAGAUCUCCAAUGUGACCAGUGACAUCCCUGUGUCCACCCUGAGCAACCUGGCUGAAGAACUGGGACAGGCGAUGAAGUACGUUGGCCAGUACAGACCUGAGACUGAGAGAGCUGAACGCAUCAGGUGGAGUGUGUUUUUGGCCCUGUGUUGUUUGGUGUUGCUGGUGGUGGUGUGUAACUUGAUGGGGCUGCUUCUGGGCCCAGUGGGUCUGAGGCCCAAGGAUGACCCGAUGGAACGCUCCGGAACUUCAGACUGUGGGGGCUCCUUCUUCAUGAUAGGUGCAGGGUUGAGCUUCCUGUUUUCCUGGCUGUUCAUGCUCUUGGUGCUGGUUCUUUUCCUGCUGGGCGGCAAUGUCUACACCCUGGUCUGUCAGCCCUGGCACAACGGGAAGCUGCUGCAGCUGGUUGACACUCCAGGCCUGAUCCCUGGGUUUAAUCUGGCAGAGACACUGGGUCUCCAAUCUAACCUCACUCUCACUGAGGUUUACAAGGACUGUGAGCAGGACAUGCCCCUGUGGUCGACCCUUCACUUGUACGAGCUCAUAAACCUCAACGAUUUGCUCAACGUGUCCAAGUAUACAGAGCAAAUCCAGCAGAACUUUGAGGGUAAUGCCAUCAACCUGCCCACCAUCACUCUACUGACCCCAGAGACACGAUCUCAGCUCAGCAGUUUCUCAUCCAUGGCCAAGGACAUAGACAUCUCUGUUGUCACCCAGCAGAUCAACAACAUGUCCAGGAUCAACAUUAACACAACAGCUGACAAGCUGGACUCUCUGGCCACACGGCAGCCUAACCCCACCAUACAGGCAGAGCUGAGGACUGAGGCAGCAGAUCUGAGGGGGAUCCAGAAUAAUAUAGAUACAACCAUCAUCCCACAAUUGGUGAAUCUGAACUCUACCAUCCAGGCCCUCCAUGCAAUAGCAACACAAGUUAAUGGCACAGUGGAGAAUGUGCUGAGGAAAGUAGGGACUGCUCAGGACUUCCUCAACACAAACACCUCCCUCAUCAUUAAGAAUGAGAGUAGAAGGUUUGUGGACUGUCAGAUGGGGUACUUUAUAACCUAUGCAGACUGGGCCAACAUGACGAUCACACAGCAGGUGGGUCGCUGUGGACCCGUUGCACGAGCUGUGGACACAGCAGAGGUCAUUGUCUGUUCUUACAUGGUGGAGUCUCUGAAUGCGUUCUGGUUCAGCCUGGGAUGGUGCAUGCUUUUCUUCAUCCCCAGCAUAAUCUUCUCCAUCAAACUGGCCAAGUACUACAGGAAGAUGGACCAAGGUGACGUUUUUGAGAACCACAUAGCCAUGAACCACAUCCCCCGGGCUCAGGUCAAACCAUACUGAAGGUGGCACGAGGACUGAGCAUAGCUGGCACUGCUCUCAGAGAAUAAUAGGCCUACUAGAAACCCCCCUCCCUGACAUGGUAUAGUCCGGCAAGGACACAGUGGUAGAUCCACUGACUGAUGAAUAUGAACUAACAAACACAUACGCAGACACACACACAAGCACUCUUCACUUGGAAUGAUUGGAAUUCCUAUGAGAUGUGGCACAGGGGUGGAGUUAGCAGGGAUUGUACUGUCUAGUCACGGCACUAGAUUGUUUUACUGAACUGUCCCUUCUUGUGGUCACCUGCUCGACGUUCGUCUCUGGUCAGUUUGAAGUUCCAAACCCAAUGUACUGUUUUCCAUUUCAUGCUAUGUACUUGUGGAUUGACUGUCGUGUGUGUGUGUGUGUGUGUGUGUGUGUCUCACUGGCUUCCCCCUCCGUCAUGAUUUCCCAGUUGCAUUUGAAUACAAAGUUGUUCGGAGUUUCUCUUUUUGAACGUUUUUUCUAAACAAAUAUUUUUGUAAGUAAUGAUAUUUAAUGAUAUUCAAAAACUGAUUUAAAGAUGAUUACAUUUUGUACUUGACAAUGAAUAUACCAUAGCAUAUGUUUGUAUAUGUGUUACAAAGCACUUUAUUGGGUCUUUAUGCGGAUUGUAGUUCAUGAUGAAACAUUUAUGAAAGCUGUUGGUGGUCAAACUACCGUGAUUAAAAUGUGCUACUGAAGACUUGUGAAA